AUGGUGAAAACUACCUCUGGCCAGGGUCAGCUCGACAAAAACGGCCAGAUUGUGCCCAUAGUCUCGGCGCAGUUCCCAGCUGAACCAGGCAUGAGUUACAAAUUCAAUCCGGUAGCUAAAUACUAUGUUGCCGAUACAUCGUAUGUACAGAGCAGUGCGGUCGAUAUUGGUACCGGCUCCUUGAAUCCCGGAGAGAUUCAUUUCAGCUCCGGAGAAGGACAGGGCAAGGCGACCGCUAUCGUCACGAUCGAUUCCUCCAACAAUUUUACGAUCGAGUACGAGUAA